GUAGCUUGCUUCGCGGGCCAGGCAGCUUAGCAGAGGCUGGUGUGCAAGAUGGCGACACCAUCACCGUGGUCACGCAGAAAGUGUCGUUACGGGCUACAGAAAGUGCUUUUGCCUGCAUCCGCGCAGAUGGCUCGGUGGUCACCUGGGGAGAUCAAUUUGAAGGUGGCGAUUGCAGCCAUGUCCAGGACCAGCUGCAGGAUGUGCAGGCAAUCCAAGCGACCGCGGCCGCAUUUGCGGCCCUCUGUGCCGAUGGAAGAGUCGUCACCUGGGGCAACCCAGAAUUCGGCGGCGACAGCUCCACGGUCCAGUGGCGCCUCCUUGAGGUGAGCCAAAUUCAAGCGACGAGUGGCGCCUUUGCCGCUCUCCGGCAAGAUGGCACCGUAGAGACCUGGGGGAUGCCACAUCUUGGUGGCGACUGCGCCCUCGUCUACGGCCAGCUGCGAAACGUUCGGCAGAUCCAGGUGAUGGCUCUUGACGAGGGUGGUGAUUCGGUGAUGGAUGCCCCUACUCAGCCUGUCAUUGCCCUGCGGGACGCAGCCAUUGCAGCAGAGGCUCUGAAGGCUCAUUUGUCUUCGGUUUCCCAGCAAGUUCAAAGUUUGGAUAAGAAGCAAGAGGAUCUCUCGAAGGCACAGGGAGACAUGGUUAACCGGCUCAACAACAUGGAAGCAGAAGUUCGAGAACUGAAAACCCGCUCCCGUUCGGUUAGUCCCGCCCCUCCUCCCCCGGAUCAGAGUCCGCGUUCUACGACGGCGAGCACUCUUGGAGGCAAACCGGUAGUGGACGACUUUCAGAUAGUCAUCGGAGGGUGGAACGACGCCAAAAGAGGGGAUAUCGAAGCAGAGAUCAGACGCCUUUUCGAACUUAUUGAAGCGAGCCCUCUACUCCAGAAUAUCCAUGUGCCCUUUGUUCGCUCAAAGUUUGCUCGAGUGGAAUUACUAUAUACUAACGGCAGCCUGGCAGAGAGGAGGAAAGUCCAGAACCUUGUUAUUGAGGCACUUAAGAAGACUUUCAAGGAUUUUAGGAGUGACAUCUCUGGGCAGGCGGGGCGCCCUUUAUGGGUCACUAGGAACAGGAGCAAGGAAGACAGGGAGAAGAUUCGUGCCUUGGUAAGCAUCAAGGAUUGGGCGCUUAAGCAUACUUCGGCUAUCCUCAUCGAUCUGGAUUGGAGAGGGAAGCUUUGGAUCAGAGGGGAACAAGUCCUUUACUGGCACCUGUUUUCCAAGCCUGGUGAUGGAUCCAUGAUGCUUACGAAUGCUGCGGGUGAUGAGACGGGAUGGUGGGUUGACCCCCCUGAAGCUCUGGCCUUUCAGGAGGUAGGGGGUUUCUCCGACCUGCCCCAAGGGGAGUGGAGGCAAGAUCUUUCCUUGGAAAUUGUUCAGAGGCAUGUCUUUGGCACCGGUUUCAUCCUAGAAACCAAAUCGCACGGGCGCACGUGGUACCGCGGACUGGAAUUUAAUCCUGCAUGUGGGAAUACCUGGGAAGCGAGACAUGAGGCUAGCUGCAUAGAUUGGAUCCUCUUCAGGUGGCCGGUCAUUGAGGAAGCUUUUGCACAUUUGUGCCAGAAGCAUUCAUACCGCCUUCCCACACUCCGUUAUAAAGACCCACCCCAUGUCCUGGAACUCAUCAGGCUCGUAGAUUGGCACAAAAGAAACAUAAGCUUGAUCUACUUGAAGCUGCCAGACAAGGAGGAAGUAGCAGAGGCCUUGGCCAAUGUCAAGCCCAGCACCGCCACAGGGCUGGACUCAGUAUGCUAUUCAGCGAUCAGAUGUAAAAUCUGCCUCAUACCGAAGAUUGGACGAAAAGUCUUCUCCAAGAUCCUGGUCAAUCGCCUACGCGAUAAAUUCCCCCCCUAUGGGGCGGGACAACAUGCCUGUCGACCUGGGACCCAGGUCAUUGAGGCUUUUGACACGCUGUCUCAUCAGGCGAUCUGGAGAUAUCUGUAUGACACUGAGGCUUCUGCAGAGACCUUUGCGUUGUGGACCAUGUGUCAAAACACCAAGGUAUGCCUGCAGAUAGGUUCGCACCUCUGGACCCAAGACCUCCAGAGGGGGGUGCUGCAAGGGACCUCCUUCAGUGCAGACCUCUUUUCUCGGGUCUUAGACUACUUUUGCACAGGGCUCGUUGAACGUUGGCGCGCAUCUCAGCAUCCAGCUUUUCUGAAGUUUCAGUUGCCUCAUGCCCUGCUUUUUGCCGAUGACAUUCUGCUUUUUGCGGCAACAGAAAAAGAGAUGCAAUCGAAGCUGCAUGCCCUCCAACUUACACUCGAAUCCAUAGGAUUGAAGCUAAAUUUGGCUAAGUGCUCGGUCCUUGACAAUGAGGAUGGCACCACUCCGGGAGUGUGGGGGCGCAAAUCAUGCACCCCCUUGCAAGGGGUCAGCCACCUGCUUUACCUGGGCGUUCCUCUUAGCUACAAAGCGACUCCGCUUGGUCAGCUAGGGGUAUCUCUGGCAAAGCUGUCUUCGGCUUUCUUUGGCCUCCGGAGACUCUUCGACCACCCGGACACACCUGUUCAUGAGAAGUUGUUGCUUUUCCAGACAUACAUCACAUCCAAAUGGACCUGGUGUUCUCCCACUAUUUUCCCCUCGCGGAAAUCCCUUCGUUUCGUCAUUAACACGAUUGCAAGAAGGAGACUUCAGCUCUUCUGGCAGCAAGUCAGGGACGAAUCGCCUUUCCCCGAUGUUGAGAGUCUGGCACAGGCAGAGAAUCCGACGACACAGGUCCGACUCAGGACCUCACCUCAGGCACCGCCGUCGCCGCCACCUCUCCCGGGGAACGUGGAGCAAGGCUACGCAGUGUGGGGUCUCCUGGAUCAGCAGAUUCUGACGCAGGUUUUCACUGUCUUACUGACCCUGCUAGUGGUGGCAGGGGUAAGACAUAUUACAGCAUGGUGGAAUGGGCCAGACAAACCCAAAGGUGCACCUAAGAAUGUCGAUACACCCAGCGCGGCAGCCUCCGAUGACCCGAAGAGAGCCAUGGAGGAAACACCGAAAGACAGCAAGCAGGGGACCCCUGAGACCUCUGCCAAGCCAGAUAAGAGCACAGUGGUGGAUGACCCGGUCCCGCCGAAAACUACAGGGACCCCGACAAACCCACCUGCCAAGACGCAAGCUGGACCUGGAACGAAUGCCGGUGGAGCUGACAAGAAGCCCGAUGGAACUGGAGCCACUGACAGUAAAGCCAAGGCUGCAGGUGCUGAUCCAGCUCCUGCCCCGGUAGUGACACCCCAGGCCCUCAUGCAAGAAAUCCAGGCGGUCCACAAGCUGCUCAAAUCGGGGGCAGAUGGGGGAACCAGCCAGGAGAUGAAGAAGGAGAUGGACAACCUCCGCAAGGAUGUCACCACGAUCAUGAAGUUCCUCUCUUCGAGUGACAAAGACCUGAAAGACCUUUCGGGUCGCAUAUCGGCGAUGGAGACAGUGCUCGGGGCUGUGAAUGCCAGAGUGUGUACCCUCUCGUCCAACCUGGAUAUACAUGCCAAGGCGACGGAGUCGUACCUCAAAGAGGCCCUCAAGAGCAUCUCUGUAAUAGGUGGAGCAGCGAAAACCUUCCAUGCAGACACCCAAGUGCUGAUAGGAGCGAAACACGACAAUUUGGAGCAGGGGAUCAAGUCCUGUAUCAACAAGGUGACGAAUUGCGACUAUGAGUCGCAUACUGCGCUGUCCAAAACCCUGAGCGAUCUCAGCAAGCAGACCUACGACAUGGGCCAAGAGUUGCUGGCGGCCCUACACUUCGUUCAGGGCGAGCAGGGUACUAUGAAGGACAACCUGUGGCAGAUUGCCAAUGUUCUCGGGGACACGGUGGAGCAGGUGAGGAUCAUUCGUGAUUACUGCGAGAGGCCUGUCCCAGUGAACGUACAGGCAACGGCACCAGCAGCGGGCAUGCCACCUCCUCCUACCUACGAGCCCAGCAUACACGGAGCCAGACAGCAGCUGCACCUCCAGACAGCCAUUCCUUUGGCCCGAGGAAGUGGAAGUGCCGCAGCAUCCCAAACGGCCCCGCAGGUGAAUAUCGACAUGGGAGAUGGGCGUACUAUCAAUAUUCCCGUGCACAGAUAG